AUAAUUAUUUAUUGACUAAAAUAAUAUGUCUUGUUUGUUUUAAAAUACAGUAAACAACACCAUGGAUGACUUAAUGUUACAGUACCUACUACAGGCUAUAACACACUUUACAUUAUAUUUAUUAGGUAUUUAAUGAUAUUUUUUCUACUAUAAAAUAGACGGCGAAAUCAACAUAAUAUACUAAUAUCCGGCAGAAUUGAUAAAACGCGUUUUUGUCAUCAUAAACCGUAGUUGGAUUCCACCUCCUCCGACGACCGUACGUAACCCACGCCGUCGAAAGGUUAACAUUAUAAUUUUACUGUCAGUUUUACUCUCAGUUCCAUAUAGGAACAUUCGAUCGUCCAUUUGAUCAUAACAACUGUAAACCCAAACUCUGUGUUAAAUGUUAGCUUUUCAAAUUAAAAUUUAAAACACCACACCGUAACAGGAUUACAGUCAUCUGUACAAUACCACAUCUGCAGUUCGAGAGCAAUUUAAAAGAAGAAAUCGAAAUAAUUCUAAGUGACCAAUCGAAAUUAAAAGAAGAAAUGCAAAAAAAUCUAAUUGACCAAUCAAAAAUGAAUGAACGCAUAAAAUCAAUAAUUACACAUUUACGACACAAUACGUUCUUUAACGAUAAUUAUUUCCCCCUGAAUAAUGAUGUUGACUUAGUCUACAUGGAAAAUAAAAUAUUGAUAAAGACUGCUGAUCCUGAAUUUAAAUCACUUUUGGUUGAUGAUCUUAUAUAUUUUUUUGGAGGAAGAGACGCAAAAGACAUGGUGACAAGAUUAAUGACAAAAUUGUUUGCUAUGACACUUUUAUCUGGUUUUACUCUGGAAGGUUACAAAAAUAAAUCACGUUCAUUCUCAAAUUUGAAUAUUUACAAAGUUAUAUUUGAGGCUGUACAAAAAAAGUUUGAAAAUACUGCAGAAGGCGAUAUUAAACAAGCAAUACGUGAUCAUCUCAAAAAGCUACCAAGGCUGUCAGUAUAAGUUAUAACCGAACAUUAAAAAAAAGGCCAUCCAUCAAAUCCGCACAUAUUUAUACAUCAAUUCCGCUAUUCAAUACUGUUUUCCCAAAAUCAAACUGUUCAAUGUCGCACACACUGAUAUGUAUCAAUAAGGCAAAAAUCUAUCAAAAAUCACAUUAUUGUUUAGAAUCGCACUCCAGUUAAUCAUAUUUCAUAAAAAUAAAACUUUCAAGAUUAUCCGCAUAUUGCUAUAUUACACAUUUCUCGUUACUCUUGAUAAGAUUCGCUUAUGGUUUUAAUUCUAUAAAUAUAAGUAACAAGACAUAAGUCAACAACAUUCAGUGUGAUCGCGUCUCUUUUCGACUUCGCUUAUAAUUAUUCAAGAAUUUAUAGUAACAAUUUAACAUCGAACUCGCAUAAUGGAUGACGUGAUACAAGUUAACACUAUAAAUAAAGGUGUGCAAUCAAUAAUUCACCAAAACUAUACAUGCCAAAUUGUUCGUACAUAUUUGAAUUAUCGACUACAGGGGCGGACUGGCUAUUUUUGGCCCGGGGUGCAAAAUUAAUUAGGGGCCCGUAAUUUUUUUUCAAACCUACCUAAAUUAGGAAAGAGCCCUUAGUUUUAUAAGUAAAUAUAAAAAAAAAAUUAAGAAUAACAUGUUGUUUAUUUGUAGAGAUGUUGAAAUAUGUUAUUUUAUUUUUAUUUUGUAUAAUACCGUAUUAUACCAGUAUUAUACCGUAUACCGACUGUGGUAAUCGGGGGCCCGGAUCAUAAAUACAAACGGGGGCCCGGGGUGCUACUUGGUGUAUAGCACCCUGGGCCAGUCCGCCCCUGAUCGACUAUCCAAAAUUCCCUUUUUAACAAUAGAAAAAAAUCUGUGCGUUAUUUAAUGGUGCAAAAUGUGCGGAUAUGAAUGAUAAGUGUGUGUGGUCUUGAACGACAGCGACGCCCCUAAAUACCACUAACGUAAUCAGGAUCAAACUUAAAUUAAUUUUAAACACAUUUUUUUUUAGCUUUUAUAUUUUUUUAUAAGCCCAGAAGUAUUUUAUUUUUAAAUUGUUCAUCUUUUAAUCACAUAUUUCAAAAAUUGUAAUGGAUACAUGUGUUAUACCUACAGUUAUUGUAUCAAAGAAAAAUAAUGUAUUGCUACAUUUUUAUUAUUCAUCUAUAAUAAAUAUGUAUUCUAUUAAAAUGUUUGGUAUAUAAAUAUAAAUAAUUAAAAAAGCAGGUAAA